AUGUUACUUGCGGACAAGACUUGGUCGCUUCUUUUGAACAUCAUCAUUGAGAGAUAUUUGCAUGGGACUACGAUUUGUGUUCUGUGGCACGAUGACUACGAGUUUCAGCCCCAGGACUUAGCUGUCGAGUACCCUAGCUUUAUAGAUAUCAACAUUGCCACUCUGGCCAGCAGCUUCGAGGAUAAUGUGGUUGAUGCAUCAACCAAAAGGCAGCAGCUAAAGGAGCGCGACCUCGUGUACGAUGAUUUGUUGCUUAAGCUCACAUUAUCCAUUGAGAUGUCACACUGCGAGAGUUUCCUGGUCUUUGGUGAAUAUAUUCCCCGCUUUGUGGCCGCCUUCACACAGGCAGCCAUGUAUUCCAUAUGGCGCUCGUUACACAACAAAUUCAUAUUUGCACAUGUGGCACAGGAUUUGGAGGAAGCAUGCUGUCGAGACUUCUUUUUCCAGGACCAGCCCAACAUACUCUUUGUGGUGCGCAGUUAUGCGAAUGCGACUGACUUUGAGCUCAAAACCAACAAGUAUGUGGGACCCAGAUCGGAACGGCCGGAUCAGCUGGAGCUACUGGAUCGUUACGAUGCGCUGGACCAGCGAUUUCAGCAUAACAGUUCGCUUUUUCCUGACAAAUUGAGAAACUUGCAGGGACGUGAACUGAUCAUCAAUGGCUUUGACUACAGGCCUUACACGGUCAUCAAAUAUGGCAGUCAGAGCAAUGCGCAUGAUAUUGGAGUGCCCGACGACUCGGAACUAUCUAAAGUGUACAUCGAUGGCACAGAGACGCGUGUAGUUCUCAGCUUUUGCGCCCAAUUCAAUUGUACGGUGCAGAUAGACACAUCCGACGCCUACGACUGGGGCACCAUCUACCCGAACAUGACGGGUGACGGAUCCUUGGGCAUGAUUAUCGAGCAUAAGGUCGACAUUUGUAUUGGCGCAAUGUACUCCUGGUACGAUGACUACACCUACUUAGACCUGUCCAUGUAUCUGGCGCGCUCUGGCAUAACGUGUCUAGUGCCUGCGCCACUGCGUCUGGCCAGCUGGUAUUUGCCGUUGCAGCCGUUUCAAGGUACGCUCUGGGCGGCCGUACUGUUCUGUCUGGGCAUUGAGACGCUGGGCCUGGUGCUGGCGCACAGGCGAGAGCAGGAGCUGUACGCUAACUCAGAUCCAAAGGAAGGCUGGUGGCGCAGCACGAAAUUCGGAUUGGUCACCACCUUCAAGUUGUUCAUAUCGCAGUCGGGCAACAGUAAUGCGCGCUCCGUAACAGUGCGCGUGCUGCUCUUUGCUUGCUUUCUCAACGACAUCAUCAUUACGAGCAUCUAUGGAGGCGGUCUGGCCAGCAUAUUGACCAUACCCAGCCUAGGGGAGGCGGCCGACACGAUGCAGCGUAUGCGUAGCCAAAAACUACAAUGGGCAGCUAACUCACAAGCGUGGGUCUCAUCGAUUCGUGGCUCUGAUGAUCCGCUAGUGCACGAGCUUCUGAGCAACUUUCACGUCUACACCGAUGACCAAUUACUCGACUUGGCGCAGCGGGAUCGUAUGGGAUUCACCGUGGAGCGUCUGCCUUUCGGUAUGCAGUUGCUCACUUUUUUAUACACAUUCCACACACCAAGUGUAUUUUCCUUAGGUCACUUUGCCAUUGGCGAUUACCUGACCGGGCAGGCCAUCGAACGCAUGGUUAUUAUGCAGGAGGAUCUGUACUAUGAGUACACAGUGGCAUUCGUGCCACGUCUGUGGCCACUGCUCGAGCGUUUUAAUGCGCUGGUCUAUCGUUGGCACUCGUCCGGGUUCGACAAGUACUGGGAGUACCGUGUGGUGGCCGACAAUCUCAAUGUCCAGAUACAGCAGCAGGUGGAGAGCACCAUGUCAGGCGGCGGUCAGGAGGAUAUAAAUAUUGAGCCAGUCACUCUGGCCAUGUCCAACUUUGCCGGUAUAUUGUUGGUUUGGGUCCUGGGCGUUACCGUGGCUUUAAUGGCAUUCGUAGCCGAAUUGAUGGCUGCCAAGGUCAAAAGACGGCGAAUCAUGAGGUUCUAACAAACGUAUCUGAGUAGCUGAGUAUUGCGAAACCCUUUUGCGCAAUGUUUUGCAAUCAUCGGCAUCAAGAGAUUUCACUUUAUGUAGCUCAACACAGUUAUAUCUUGGGGCACUGCUGAUCUAAGACAGUGUCAAGCGGCGCAAUGGUUUAUUUAAUGGUAGUUUCACUGAGCGACGCGCCAUAUUCAAAGGGCCAACGCGCGACGAUCUUCAGAGAUGUUGCCGACCAGAUGUUGCGGUAGACCCGGCGACAUGCGGAAGUUUCGUGAAAGUUCUCAGACUCUGCGAUUUAUGCACUUAAAAAACUAAAAUAUAUUUCUUUUACUUCACCGAGCUUUAAUGGCAUAGA